GACUCUUUGACUGGCAGUUGUGUGGAAAGCAUUGACGCGGCUUGUCGAUUAAAUUAAAUACAAAUAUAAUAUUUUCAUCGUUGUAUUAAAUAUUUAAAUAUGCGUCGAGUGCGAGUGUUGCCACAGGCGUUGCUGCUUCACAUUCUGAUUUUGCUGUGGGGCACGCACUUGACUGGAGCGGCGGCGGCGGCGUCGGCUGUUGACAAGGAUGUGGCACCAGUUGGCGAUGUAAAAACGGAUUUGCUGUCAUUGGAGCAGGAAAUUGGCGGCUCGGUGGUGCGGCAUGGAACUGAACGCGCACAGAUUCCGGGGCGUCGAAGGCGUGGCAUUUUCUUUAGCGGUAGCAUAACGGGCUUCCCAUGGUAUUCCUGGUCAUUUUCCGGCUAUCCCUACAACAACUACUACAAUUACGGCACACCGCCGGGCUAUUACGGCUACGGCAGUGGCUUUUAUCCCGGUUACCUGGGCUAUCAGAAAAUUAUCAUCGGUUAACGUUCACUUUUUUCCAAACAGAACGAAAAAAAAGCGAAACUCAAGAAAAUAACAAUCAUUCAAUGUGAGAUUAUAAAUUAUGUGCUAGACGGCCUUAUGACGACCCUUUCGCAGUUUGUUAUUUUAUUUAUUAUGCACUUGCUGCUACAUCCUGCCUUUAAAUUAAUUUGCCGGACACAAAAAAAAAAUUAAUAAUAAACAAAAUGAAAGUUAAGAUUGGGGGAAAG